ACCGAGUAGCCUGAAAACCUACAUUUUACGCUAUUCCAAAGAAAUCAACAGGUUUAUAUGAGCUCACUAUGAAGACGUUGGAUAUUGAAACAAAGAGACUCGUAGUACAAGUCAGGCGCUACGUUUGUGUUUCUUCAGCCGUUCCAAGAGUGUCACAUGAAGUCGCGUAAGGUGCGAUGCCUGAGACAAACCACAGAGCUGGGUGCCUCUUCAGAUUCUGAGGAGGAUCAUCUCGAAGAUUCUACUGCACCUGUCGUUGCAGACUCCACGGUAGUUGUUGAAGCAAUAAGAGAAUUGCAAAAACUAAGGAAACGACCAGCUGGAGUAAGCUUGUCUGCACUAGCCACUGGUAAAGAAGUUCCAGAUCUCAAUCUAACAAUCGCCAACGACCCAUUUAGACUUAAGACUGGUGGUCUAGUUGACCUAAACAGUAUUUCAUCUGCUAAACAAUCCGAAGAGGACGAUGACGUUGAAGCUCGUCUAGCCAAAACAUUUGCCACAGAAACUAAUAAGAGAGAUGAAGACGCCGAAAUGAUCAAGUACAUCGAGGAGGAAGUAGCCAAACGAAAGGGAUUAAUUAAACCCUCCACCCUAGACCGAGAUGAAGAUUCAGACCUACUACAGGAUGUUCCUGAGUAUCUCAAACCUUCAAUCGGUCAACAGAAGGAAGACAUGUUAUCCAACCAAAUGUUAUGUGGUAUCCCUGAAGUUGAUUUGGGUGUAGAAGCGAAAAUGAAAAACAUAGAAGCCACAGAAGAAGCCAAGCAAACACUUUUUAGAAAAAGAUUAAGUCGCAAACAUGGUUAUUCAACAGAUCACAUAGCACCAACUAGUAUGGCAGUCAACUUCGUUCAGCAUAGUCGGUGGAAUAGUUACACAAAUGGAAUCAGUAAAAGAGCUGAUUUGAACAACGAACGAGAACUCAACCACAUAGCCAAUAAUAAUACAAACAAACUGGAAUCAACAGAAAAUAAUCCGAUGUCUGCUCAAAGAGAAAAUCGUCGUUUAGAUAAUAGCCGAUCACAUAUUCGUAACGAAAAAUCCACAGAUAAUAUUGCACUUCAACGAUUCAAAAAUUAUAUGCGCGAUAAAAGACGUCGGUGAUAAUUUUAUUCCCUCCUAUUUUUUUUAUCUUGACAGGACUAUGUUUCUUCUUUUUUAGUGAUACUAUGUUUUAAGGUAUAUUGUAUAAUGCAAAUGUACAUUGUAAAUAUGAUUUAUUACUAUUAUUAUGACUAUUA